UAGGGUUUUACAAAUUCAAAGAUAAUUCUUUCCGCCCAAACUGAAGUCCAUUUCCGGCGAUGGAAUGAAUCCGAGUUGCAUCCGACCCGGAACCCAUUUCGGACCCCCCGCCGCAGCACCCAUGGCCUUCGCCGCCGGACUCCGCUUGCUCCGCUCUCACCCACUCUCCUUCUCCUCCGCCGCGCCCCCUCGCCUGCUUCUCGCUCGGCGCGCCUCCGAGCACCGCCUUCUCUCCGCCGUGAGCCCCCACCAGCGCCGGAGGUUGUUCGCCGCGAAGGCCUCCUCGAGGCGGAGGGAGGAUGAAUUGGACGAGAACGGGAGUGUGGUUGCCUUGAAGGACGGCGGCGGUGGUGGUGAAGGAGGCGAUGGUAGGAUAGUGGUUACGGAGCUGCACAAGGAGGCAACGGAGGCGUACAUAUCGUAUGCCAUGUCUGUGCUGCUAGGCCGGGCGCUGCCGGAUGUUAGAGAUGGCCUCAAGCCUGUCCACCGCAGAAUUUUAUACGCAAUGCACGAGUUGGGCUUAGCAUCAAAGAAACCACACAAGAAGUGUGCCAGAGUAGUUGGUGAGGUUCUAGGCAAGUUCCAUCCACAUGGAGAUACUGCUGUCUAUGAUUCAUUGGUUCGAAUGGCUCAGGAUUUCUCCUUGCGCUCUCCACUGAUUCGUGGGCAUGGGAAUUUUGGUUCUAUCGAUGCGGAUCCUCCUGCAGCAAUGCGUUACACUGAGUGCAGGCUGGAGGCACUCUCGGAGGCCAUGUUAUUGGCAGAUUUGGAACAAGACACGGUUGAUUUUGUUCCAAACUUUGAUAAUUCACAAAAAGAACCAUCGCUGCUUCCUGCUCGCAUCCCCAACUUGCUACUGAAUGGGGCUUCAGGGAUUGCGGUUGGAAUGGCUACCAAUAUUCCACCACAUAAUCUUGGGGAGUUGGUAGAUGCACUUUCUGUUCUGAUUCACAAUCCUGAUGCAACGUUGCAAGAAUUGCUUGAGUACAUGCCUGGACCUGACUUCCCAACUGGAGGAAUAAUAAUGGGCAAUAUUGGUAUUUUGGACGCAUAUCGAACUGGACGAGGGCGAGUGGUGAUCAGAGGGAAGACUGAUGUUGAGUUGUUGGAUCCCAAGAGCAAGCGCUCAGCAAUUAUAAUAAAAGAGAUUCCGUACCAGACCAAUAAAGCUUCCCUUGUUGAGAAAAUUGCUGAACUUGUGGAAAAUAAGAGUUUGGAGGGAAUAAGUGACAUACGUGAUGAGAGUGAUCGAUCUGGGAUGCGCAUUGUUAUUGAGCUCAAGAGAGGAUCAGAUCCCUCCAUUGUAUUGAAUAAUCUUUAUCGUCUUACAGCUUUGCAGUCAGCAUUUAGCUGCAACAUGGUUGGGAUCCUUAAUGGACAACCAAAACUAAUGGGGCUGAAGGAAUUGCUUCAGGCAUUUUUAGAUUUUAGAUGUUCUGUGGUUGAAAGGCGUGCAAAAUAUAAACUAACUCAAGCUCAAGAUCGGUAUCACAUUGUAGAGGGUAUUAUAACAGGACUUGGUAAUCUGGACAGUAUCAUUGACAUAAUCAGGAAAGCUUCUAAUCAUGCAUCGGCAUCUGCUAAUCUAAGAAAAGAGUUCAACUUGACUGACAAGCAAGCUGAAGCUAUAUUGGAUAUAAGCCUCAGAAAGCUAACGUCACUUGAGAAAAACAAAUUUAUUGAUGAGGGGAGAUCUUUGUCUGGACAAAUUUCAAAACUGCAGGAGCUUCUUUCAAGCAAAAAGUUAAUACUUGAGAUGAUAGAAGUGGAAGCAAAUGAGAUAAAGAACAAAUUUUCUACUCCUAGGCGUUCAAUGCUGGAGGACUCUGAUAGCGGCCAGCUUGAGGACAUAGAUAUUAUACCCAAUGAAGAAAUGCUACUGGCACUUAGUGAAAAAGGCUACCUAAAAAGGAUGAAGCCUGACACAUUCACUCUCCAACACCGUGGAACUAUUGGAAAAUCAGUAGGGAAAUUAAGAGUGAAUGAUGCUAUGUCUGAUUUCCUUGUUUGCCGUGCACACGAUCAUGUCCUUUACUUCAGUGAUAAGGGAACAGUAUAUUGUGCCCGUGCCUAUAAAAUUCCUGAAUGCAGCAGGACUGCCGCUGGCACACCUUUAGUUCAAAUCUUAUCCCUUUCUGAUGGUGAGAGGGUAACUUCUAUAAUUCCUGUCAGUGAAUUUGAAGGAGAUCAAUAUCUUGUGAUGCUAACUAUGAAGGGAUAUAUCAAGAAAAUUUCUUUGAACUAUUUCUCAUCGAUAAGGUCUACUGGAAUCAUAGCAAUUCAACUGGUUCCAGGUGAUGAGCUGAAGUGGGUGAGGCGUUGCUCGAAUGAUGAUUAUGUGGCCAUGGCAUCACAGAAUGGAAUGGUGAUUUUGUGCCCUUGUGAGAAUAUGAGAGCACUUGGGAGGAAUACUAGAGGAUCAGUUGCAAUGAGACUGAAACAAGGGGAUAAGAUGGCGAGCAUUGAUAUAAUACCUGCAUCCUUGGGAAAGAAGAUCGAGAAAGGCUCUGAGACACUGCCCCCUGGGAAGAGAUUUUCUGGUCCGUGGCUGCUGUUUAUAUCUGAAAGUGGUUAUGGAAAACGAGUUCCUGUUGCUAGCUUCAAGACAUCAUCACUGAAUAGGGUUGGUCUUAUAGGUUACAAGUUUUCGGCAGAAGAUCGUCUAGCGGCUGUAUUUGUAGUAGGAUUCUCAGUAGGGGAGGAUGGAGAAAGUGAUGAACAAGUCGUGCUUGUCAGCCAAAGUGGAACAGUGAACCGGAUCAAAGUACGGGAUAUCUCCAUUCAGUCUCGCUAUGCAAGAGGGGUGAUUCUGAUGCGCCUUGAACAUGCCGGAAAAAUCCAGUCGACUUCAUUGAUAUCAGCAACUGAAUCAGAGGAGGAGGAACUAGAGGAGGAGGCUGCAGCAUGACCUGAGAGGCUCGAGUUUUGAAAUCUCUACCGCUACUCCUCGAUUUUUGGCAUGUAAAUCUUGUAAGAUCUGGUGAUACAGCAUAGGUACUUUGUAUAGUCGCCAUUUUUAGUGUACAUCUCCGCAGCAAUUUUCUUGAAGCAAACAUUACUUUGUGCAGCUGUGGAAAAUAGAUAAUCAGGUCCUAGCAAGUUGUCAAAAAAAGAUUACUAUUUAUGAUGAAUAUUUUUAUUAUA